GGGGCGGGCGGGGCCGCAGCGCCGAGCGGCGGCGGCACACGCAGCCGCCCGCGGAGUGAGGGAGGCAGCGACCGAGCGGGCGGACGGCGGCCGCGGGAGAUGUGCCCGGAGGAGGACGGCGGCUGCGGCGGCGGCGGCGGCGUGGCCGGCACCGGUGGCCCCGAGGCGGCGGCUGCGGUGGCGCUGGACGAGCUCCGCUCCUGGUGGGAAGUCCCGGCCAUCGCGCACUUUUGCUCGCUCUUUCGCACCGCCUUCCGCUUGCCCGACUUCGAGAUCGAGGAACUGGAAGCUGCUCUUCACGGGGAUGACGUGGAGUUUAUCAGCGACCUGAUCGCUUGCCUUCUUCAAGGUUGCUAUCAGCGCAGAGACAUCACAUCCCAGACGUUUCACAGCUACCUGGAGGACAUCAUCAACUACCGCUGGGAGCUGGAGGAAGGGAAGCCCAACCCUUUGCGGGAGUGCACUUUCCAGGAGCUGCCCCUGCGCACACGGGUGGAGAUCCUGCAUCGCCUCUGUGACUACCGCCUCGAUGCAGACGAUGUCUUUGACCUCCUCAAGGGCUUGGACGCCGACAGCCUCCGCGUGGAGCCGCUGGGCGAGGACAGCAGCGGUGCCCUGUACUGGUACUUCUACGGCACGCGGAUGUACAAGGAGGACCCGGUGCAGGGCAAACCCAACGGAGAGCUGGCUCCAGACAGGGGAUGUGGGGGGCAGACGAACACCCCAAAUGUUCCUGGGAAAACAGGCAAGAGACGAGGGCGACCUCCAAAGCGGAAAAAACUACUGGAGGAAAAUUUGCUGAGGGAGAAGGCAGAAGAAAGCUUGCUUAUCCACGAGACUCAGAUAAGAAAUGGGUCCCAAGGGCCUGGCCGUGGGACAUGGUGGUUGCUGUGCCAGACGGAAGAGGAGUGGAGGCAGGUCACAGAGAGCUUCAGAGAGAGGACUUCCCUUAGAGAGAGGCAGCUCUACAAACUCUUGAGUGAAGAUUUCCUGCCGGAGAUCUGCAACAUGAUUGCACAGAAGGAGAAGCGUCUGCAGCGGACAGAGUUUUCUCCCAGGUGGAUGUCUGACCAUCAGCCCAUCAAACCAAUCAAGCAGGAGGUAAACCCAAAUGUGCUGAGCUCAAUGGAGAAGCAGAGGCGCAGAGAGGAAGAGGAGGAGCGCCAGAUCCUUAUAGCAGUGCAGAAGAGGGAGCAGGAACAGCUGCUAAAGGAGGAGAGGAAGAGGGAGAUGGAGGAGAAGGUCAAAGCAGUGGAAGAACGGGCCAGGAGGAGGAAGCUUCGUGAAGAGCGGGCCUGGCUCCUGGCACAGGGGAAGGAGCUUCCCCCUGAGCUUUCCCACUUGGAUCCCAGUUCCCCUGCCAGGGAAGAGCGAAGGACCAAGGACAUCUUUGAACUGGACGAUGAGUUCACAGCCAUGUACAAAGUUCUAGAUGUGGUGAAGGCUCACAAGGACUCUUGGCCCUUCUUGGAGCCCGUUGAUGAAUCAUAUGCUCCCAACUACUAUCAGAUCAUUAAGGCUCCCAUGGAUAUAUCUAGCAUGGAGAAGAAGUUGAAUGGAGGUCAGUACUGCACCAAGGAUGAAUUUGUGGGUGAUAUGAAGACCAUGUUCAGGAACUGUCUUAAGUACAACGGUGAAGGCAGUGAAUAUACAAAGAUGGCUUACAACUUGGAGAGGUGUUUCCACCGAGCGAUGAUGAAGCACUUCCCUGGGGAAGAGGGAGACACAGAUGAGGAGUUUUGGAUCAGAGAGGACGGGAGACGAGAGAAGAGAAGCCGGCGGACCGGCCGCUCCAGCACAGGCAGUGUGUGGACUCGAUCACGAGACCCAGAUGGGCCUGGCAAGAGACAGCAACGCCUGGAAAAUGGAGGAAAACCUCCACCAUAUCGAGCUACUUCCAGGGCUCCUGCUUCUUCCUCUUCUUCCUCUUCCUCCUCCUUCUCCUCGUCCUCUGUAGAUGACCCAAGUGGCAACCCAAUGCAGACUGCUCGAGAAGUGGGCCCUUCCAACGGGCGAGGCUUCCCCCGCUCCCUGCAGUACGGCGGCAUGCCCAGCCCUGUGCCACAUCCUGGACAGAUGAGACCAGCGGUGCCAGGAGCCUUUGGCCCUUUGCGUGGAUCCGACCCCACCAAACUGUACGGCUCUCCGCGAGUGCCCGAGCCCCAUCCCGGAGACCCGGUCCAGCAGCACCAGCACUUUGCCAUGCAGCCGGCCGUGGGACUGAGCGAGCACCGCGGGCACCGGCUGGGCACUCCGGAGAAGCAGGCGUGCGCGGCGCCUGCCCACGCGGCCGGGCUGGGCCCCCGGCUGGGCUCCCUGCAGCUGGGGCGCGUGGGCGGCCCCCCACCCGACGCCAUCUACCCACCGGCUCAGUUCCAGCAGGCCUUCCUCCCACCGCGGCACAACGGGCCCCUGGGGAAGCCGCCGGAGGGCUCCGAGGUCCCCCCAGCACACAUGUACCGGCCCUACAAGUACCUGAACCGCGCACACCCAGCCCUGUGGAACGGCAGCCACGGCCCCGCUGGCCAGGCUGCCGUGGGGCCGGAGGAGAAGGCGCCCAUGGGGCCGGGGCCCUCGCUCCAGCCCCGGAUCCUGGGGCACAUGAUGGACCCCCGGGCCAUGAGGCCGCCGCUGCCUCCCAGCCAGUGGAGCGAGCAAUCAAAUUUCCUACCUCACGGGGUGCCUCCCUCAGGGUACAUGCGACCGCCCGGCAAAGCCGCCGGUCAGAGGAUGCCGCAGCCGCCGGCCGCUCUCUUUGGGGGACCACCUCAUGUUCAAAGAGGGUGCCAGGGCGGGGACUCCAUGCUGGACAGCCCGGAGAUGAUCGCCAUGCAGCAGCUGUCCUCCCGCGUGUGCCCGCCGGGUGUGCCUUACCACCCUCGCCAGCCGCCCCCGCCGCACCUCCCCGGGCCCUUUCCCCAGCUGGCUCACGCUGCCUCCGCCGGCGGCCAGCCCCCAAAACCCAUGGGAAAUGGGAGCUCACAGGAUCCAACCGGCCAGACCAUGGACAUGGACAGCAACCAAGUGGACACACUGGCAGGCAUGGACGAGAAGGCUCAGUGCAUCAGCAUUCCCGACGGGGCCUACGCCAAACUCCUACCUCAUCCCAAGCCCCCGCUGCCCAUGGAGUGCACGAGGCGCGCCUUGCCCUCGGAUGGGGAGGGGGAUGACCCCAGUGUGAAGGGCGACCUGAAGGCAGGGCAGGGCAAAGGCGCGUGGUCAGCAGAGAGCGGCUACACCGGCGACCCAGGCUGCGCGAGGGACCUGGUGCCCACCUCCGAAAGAGGGGGUCCCCUGCCUCAGAAUGGGGCGGCGGGUGAGGGGCCGGCAAGCGGCCCUGAGGGGAAGGGGCUGGCCGCCAACCUGCUGGAGAAGCCCCUCUGUGGUGGGGGAAAGGCUCUGCCCGAAGGAGCCGUGCCUUGCAUGGGACAGGGCACCGGCCUCCCUGGCGUGGAUGCCACCUCCAUGGGGGCCACCCCCAACCAGUUUCAUCCUCUCUACAUGUCCAGUCUGGAAUACCCGAAUUCAGCCGGGCGGUACCACAUCAACCCAGGCCUUCAGGGGUUCAGCCCUGUGAUGGGAGGGAAGCCACCUCCUCCUGCCUCCCAUCCCCAGCAUUUUCCCCCGCGGGGUUUCCAGCCAAGCAGCGCCCACCCCGGCGUCUUCCCACGGUAUCGGCCGCCCCAGGGAAUGCCGUAUCCUUACCAGCCGCAGCCCCAGCCCUCCUACCACCACUACCAGCGACCACCCUACUACGGCUGCCCGCAGGGCUACUCGGACUGGCAGAGACCUCUCCACCCCCAGGCCAGCCCCAGCGGGCACCCUGGUGCCCACCCAUCGCUGGCCAGGCCCCCCUUCCCCGAGCGGGGCUCCGCCGGCCUGCCGGGCUGCGAGGCGCUGAGCGCUGCCCUGGCCUCUCCCACCCGCGUGGACGUAGCAAGUGCCAAAGAGGUUUCUCCGAGCGACGGGCAGGAGAUGGGGCCUGAAGAUGAGAAGUCCGAGGAGUCCCAGGAAAGACCGGAGAGUCCCAAAGAGUUUCUUGAUUUGGACAACCACAAUGCAGCCGCUAAGAGGCAGAGCGCGGUGGCAGCGGGGGAGUUCUUCUAUGGAGCCCCCCCGCCACACCUGGGUGCGGGGAUGGGAUUUGGCCCCUCGGCUUUCCCUCCCCAUGGGGUGAUGCUACAGACUGGCUCUCCUUAUGGAUCCCGGCAUCCAGCCAGCCACUUCCAGCCCAGGACGUAUGGAUCACCCAUGAAUGCUCACCUGUCUCAUCAUCCAGCCUCCAGCCAGGCCAAUGGCCUCUCUCAGGAGGGCCCCCUGUACCGCUGCCGAGAGGAGAACGUGGGUCACUUUCAGGCCCUGCUGAUGGAUCAGAGAGGCAGUGGAGGUGGCAUGGGGGGGCCACCCCAGGACUUGUAUAGACCCUCGGGAAUGCAAAUGCAUCAGGCUCAAGUUCCUUUCCCGAAGAUGCCUACAACAACCAUGGCCCGGGAAGAUUUGACGUCACAAAAAGCAUCAGCCUUGCCUCUGGAUCAAAGCUAGUCCAAGAAAGGACAGACUUCAUGAAGAAGAAAGCCACACGUGAUUUGGACAACGGAGAGGAGGGGCAGGUCUUGCUGCCAGCCUCCCCUCGCCCGAGCAGCAUGGAGCUUCCCGGGUCUGUGGAGCACGGUGCCGUGCCGGAUUCUGUGCGGGAAACCCACAGUGGUGCUGGGCCCAGCCCGCCGAGCAGCUGGCUUGCCAUCGCAGGGCACCCCAAAUUAGUGGCUUUCCGUGACCGGAGACUGCGUCUCAUUCAGGGUUUGAGGGAUUUUUCGGGUGGGGAGGGCGGGGGUGGGGGUGGAAACUUUCAUUGACUGCUAAACUCAGGUAUAUUUUUCAGGGUGGAAGAGGACGAUGAUGGAAUUUUACUUGUAGUAUUAACGUGUGUGUUUUGGAGCUGGAUCCAGUUUACAGAAUUUAACCUGUUGCCUUUCUAAAUAAAUUUCUGUUGUUGGUGAAUGUAUUGUACAUAAUGGGGGAGGGGGUGGGCCCAGCUUGUAGUGGGCUUAGCACUGGAGGAAUCGUUAACUGUUUACAAUCAUAACACACUGAAAUCUUUCAGGAUAAGGGUGAGGGUGUGGGGGGAGUGGGGAGAGGUGAGACAAUGUGUGAUGGAUGACUUGCUGUCCUCUGCAACCAAGACACAACCCCAUGGCUGGUUGACUUAAUAGCUGGAAUUGCUCAGGAGCAUAACGUGUCCUCCUCUUUUUCUUGUUUUCUUCCUCCUUCCCCUCUCACCCCCUCCUCCACCCCUCUGGAUCCAGGGCCUGAGUGCACUUCCAGCUCCUGUCAUCAUGGGGGAACAAGGAAACCAGGACCAGGAAUUGAAACAAGGGCAGGACACCCAUGGCAUUGUCCCUUCUGCUAGUAUAGUACCCUUCUCCCUGCCUUUCUGAUAGAAGAAAUGUGUGCUCUAGAAAACAGAAAAUUGCAUAACUGGUCACCUUAAAACAUUUUGGUGAAACCAGUGCAGUUGCAGGUGGAGCAGCACCUAUCCAGUAGCACAAAUUUUGUGCAAAUCUGUACUGCCAUGCUGCCUGAGAAGAGGAGCCGAGUCCCCACCUCUUUCUCUGACCCUUGGCUAAAUUCACGUCUUUGCAGCAGUGAAUCAGAAAGUGCCACAGGCUUCCUAAGCACUCUUGCUGAGGAGGAAGAGCAAGAGGCUGCCCUGGGGGAAUGUAGGGUUACUACAAUGUGGGCCAUUUGUUGGAUUUGGCAUUUGUGAGUUGCAGGUGAAUUGGAAAGCACUCAAGCACUCAUUCAGAGUUAGAUGUUGAGGUCGAUUGGCUCAGAGGCUGAGGGACAAAAGGGCUGCAUGCUAGAGUUGAGCUGGUUUAAUUUGUUGUCAAGCAGCAGGUCCUGCAGGGCCAGUGGCAGCUUCCACGAAUAUAGUGACAAUACUGCCCUGGGAAAAGCCCUCUGUGCCAGUGCAAGUGAGUUCCAUAGGAAUUUCAUCUGCAUUUAUUCACAUCUUAAAGCUAACAGGCAGUUGAUUAUUCUUGGGGAAGCUGGAGUAAAAUAAGGGCGUUGUUAAGUUAUGAGGCUGGGCUGAGCUCACCAGAGCUGCUGGGAGCGUAGCUCUUGUGAGGACAGGACAGUGGUUAAAAAGAGGAUCUGCCAAGGAGUGGGACAGAGUACGGCAGCAGGAGAAGGACAGAGCAACAUGCCCCUUAGUCUGUGCUACCAGCUAGAGGAGGGAUACUAUCUCCAGUUUCUGGAGAAUCUUUCUAUCUGCUUUGUUGUUUUGGAUGGUGCCAUCACCCAUAUCUUCAGCUGGAUUGAACCAGGAUGCAUGACAGUUCUGCCUUUGCCCUGCUGUGUAAAGCUGGCAGAACUGUUCAAGUAAAUGGCAGGUAGCAUCUGACUGAGCCAUUGCUGCUUCUGUCCUAAGCUUUUGGAAGAACAAAAAGCCUAAAUGAUGAGAAAUAUACUUUCCUGGAAUAGCUGGGAAAAGGCAGGACUGCCAUGUUAGUGCCCAAUGAGCGUCACUUCUCUGUUGCUACAGUACUUUUUCCUCUGAUGAGCUGUGUAGGGCCAAGGCAUUUUCCAAGCCUAACAGGGGUUAAAAUUCCUCGUGUGAUUGCACAAGUGUGCUUCUAAAUGCAGUUCUUACCCACUGCUGCAGCCAGCCUGUGAGCUGCAGCAGCAGGCUGCUUAGGCCAGGCAGUUGUCAGGGACAUCUGUCAAUGUACUGUGAAUAACUUCCAAUAUCUAUCUACAGAUGCCAUUACAUUAGGAAAGGGAAGGUGGGGUUUUUUGCUGUGGUUUUUGUAUUUGUAUUCUUCUGUCAGGGAGCAGUUGUGACUGGUGGAUUGGUCUAAACUGGAAGAGAUGAUCCUGAAGGUUGACCUUUGACUGAGAAAUGGGUAACUGCUUUCCCCAGCCAAGAACAUUAUGUUAAGUCUCUUCCAAAUCUGUCCCAAAGCUGGCUCAUCAGCUGGCAGUGGUUUUCAGAGGUGCCCCAUCUGCUCCAAAAGGCAGGCCUGGAUCCUUCACUGAACAGAGUCACAGAAGGAGUAGUAGAUAUUCAUGAAAAAUUGUGCAAGUAUAACUUCUCUUUAAGACAACAAACUUGGGACAAACACAGUUGCUUCUCCUUGUAAAAUAGUCUUUACUUCACUAUAGAUAUAAAAAUGAUUGGAAAUAACAUUUAAAAACAGAGGAACUGGAAAAUAUAACUUGUAGCAAAGUAUUGACAACUCUGGAAAUGUGAAUGUAGAUUCUGCAAAAAAGCCCUGCCUUACUUCAGCCUGUCUUCUGUAUCACAGCCAGCUGAAUAUUUGAAUGGGCCUCUCAUUCAGCCCAUUGUGAAUGCUGUGGAACAGGAGUUUUUAGAUGCUAUAAAAACUCUCCAAGCUGAAACACACUUCAGCUGGAACUGGCACUGAAAAAACAUGGUUCUAGUGGUCAUGACCUCUGGGUGAGUACCAAGCCUCAGUCAAAACAGGAGACAACUAAGGAUGGCAAGAAUUGCUUUGGUCUGUCUAGAGAGGGUAGUAAAGUGUUAGACAGUGAUAGAUACCCUCACCUGACAUGAGGUAAAUCUGGGAGAAGGGUUUGACUUGCAGGUGUGAAAGACAAAACCAAGCAGUGAAACUGACUCCUCUGGAGGGUUUCUAGGUAAAUAGCUUUUGAUGUAGUCAGUAAUUUUUAUUAAAGUAGCUAACAAGCUGCUGUUGUGAGGACAGAUGGUUUCUGUUAGAAAAGUACUUAUAAAGAAUACAGGGAACUGUGGCUGGGUGUUCCUGAGGACAGGACACACUGAGGUGGAGAGAUGCUGGUGGAAUCUUAGAGUUUCCAGACUUUCAAAGUGAGGGUUGGGGGUUUUUCUUUCCCUUCUACAACAUCUAGGGAUCCCCUGAAAAUCAGAGCUUAAUUUCGCUAGGUACAAUCUGAGCAAAUCUCUGAAAACUGACUCCCCUCAGAUGACACAGCCCUGGGAGAGGAUUGCUGGGCUGGAAUACCCGUGCAAAUGUAAAGAGGAACAGAUAAUGUGAAUUCUAUUAUUUCCAAACCAUGCUGCUUUGUAGAUAUUGUGGAAGAUAGGUUUGAGGGAUUUAGAAGAGUAGCAUCACAGCUGUUAUUGUACAGAGUGGUGUUUUGUGCCACGAGUUGGCUUGCAGUGCAGGAGAAGUGUGGCUGCACUUUAAAAUAACAUGGCUUUUAAGUGCCAUACUUGUGCCACUAUCUUAAACUUUUAACACAUUACAGAGAAGCUCCAGUGCAUUCCCCAGCAUUGUUGUAGUACAGUAUAUUACCAGGUGGUCCUUUUUCAGAAAGCAUCCUGGACUAGUGAGUUUGCAAAAUUUCCUGUAGCUAUUACUUUUCCCAUCUGGAGGAUGUGUUUUGCUAUAAUUACAGAUUUUGUAUUAAGUGAGAUUAUAUAACACAUAGAACAAUUAUGAAAUUGACCCUGCUCAAGCACAACAAAAAUUUCCUAUGCUCUCAGAAGAGCUUUGUAUGCUACUCUACCUUUUUAGCCUCUUGCUCUCCCUGCCACUUCCUCCUUUCUAAGUGGUGUGUGGUGUUCCCAAGCUUCCUAGAUGUCAAGUUGCCUUUGCAAAUGCUGUUGUAUAAAACCCCCCUGAGACUCUGAAUCUUUUGGCAUCUUAGGUGAUACAAGCCCUGGCAAUUCAACUGGAAAGGGAAUCACUGAGGCUUCACUGUGACUUUUAGCAAACUUAGGAGAAGUUUGCAGUCUAUAAAUUCCAUGGUGUGACCCACCAAACCACUCUGUAGCAAUCCAAGGCACCAGCCUGCAAUGAGGAGGACAAAAGAGGAAAGUAAAUUUGAAGCUUCAAGGCCCAACUGGUUUGAUUUGUGACUUUGAGGUACAUGGAGACACUUUUCUUGGAAGCUUCUGAUUCUUUCUUGUCUGCCAAAUGCCUUUCCCAUGCAGACUUUCUGGAGCAAAUCGCCUGUGUAUAUUUUUGUAAGUGUGGUUUCUCAGGGUCUUGGAGAGCUAUCAGCUUUAUGAUGUCUUAUCUGAAAGCAAGUCACAGAGGCUGUCUUUUAUUCUGCUGACUGAGGCAGCUCCCCUGCAGGUUCUCACCCCAACACUUCUCCAUUUAAAAUGAAAGUAUAAUUAGAAAACAGCCUUUCUUUAUUUUCUUCACUGAUCCCUGUCAGGCUUUUGUCCAUCUCUCUGUUCAAACAGGGUGGUUUCUUUGUUCUUGAUGGCUUUGUUCUGCUUUCCUUUUCUGAAAAGACUGCGUUGCUGUAUGCUCUCUGGAAUUUCAGAGAAGGUGCUGAAAUGAGUGACAGGGAAGUGUCAUCCCAAAGGGUGGCUUGGAGAAGACCAGCGGUGGAAUCUGUGAUGGUGUAGUUGGUCCUGGUUCCCCUUGCUGCAGAGCUCCUGGGGACAACCAGGGCAAGGCUCAGUCCACCCCUAGGCAGGGAAAUUCAGGACAGGGUUUAAUGGAUUUGAAACUAGACAGUAACAUCCAAGCAUACCUUUGAGGUGAGCUGUGUUGUGCCCUUCCCUUUUGGUCACUGUCUCACCUUGGCUGACAUGCAGAAUUUGAGAGACCGUGGAGUGUUUUGUAGAUCUAACACUGCUGGUCUUGCAUUGACUGAGGGCUUUUUUCCUUCAUUUGCAGCCAUGGCCUAGAUUUCUUUUGGCAAUGGUCUUCCUCUUUUUGCUACGUGGAUAUCAAAGUGAACAGCGGAUCCAGGAGAGAGCUACAUCCACCAGGGAAAGAGGAGACAAAGGAUUAAUUAGGACUGAGGCUUAAUUGGGAUUUUCACCAACUCUAGCAAGUCCCUCUGUCCUUUGCCAUGAUCCCACACAUGAUCCUGGCAUGUCUACCUCCAAGAGGGUUUAGGUUAAAAAUGCCUGUGCAUAUACUGUGUACAGCUGUGAAAACUCCUGUCUCCUCCUUGAUGGAUCAAUGAACGCUGCUGCCUGAUCCUUUUCUGAGCAAUAAUUACAUGCAGCAAUGCAACUUACACCUUCCUUUACUGUUUUAGGGCUAAGGUGGCUAUGGAACACACUGGGGGGCUCUUCACAGUCUCAGUGGGAAGCAAGGUGUGCUCUGUGACCCUGCAUUGUAUCAUGCCACGUUCCUGCUUUCCCAGAGACUAGUGGGUUGAUUAAGGUAACUAUGAGAGAGCUGGUUGCUGCUUCUGUGUUUGGGAAGGGAGCAGCUGGGUAAAGUUGAGCCUCAUCCAUCCAUCCAUCCAUCCAUCCAUCCAUCCAUCCAUCCAUCCAUCCAUCCAUCCAGCACAUGGAAGAGGGGUGGGUGGGCCACUGAUUGAAUGCCUCUGAGGGAGGAGAGGGACUCACUGCUGCUUCACUUGGCAUUGCUGGGAAGGGAGUGGGGGAGCCUGUGCCACUACAUCCAUUCAUUUUUCUGAAGCUGGGUAACGUUGCGGUUGUUUUUGUAUUAUUGUAAGUUUGUAAAGAAUGUAAUCUGUCUGUCGGGGGCACAAGGAGAAAACGGGGGCCUUUCUCUUUUUGGGUGAGGCUGUUCUUAUGUUGCUGUGCUUUUUGUUGUUGGGCAGGGAGGGGUCUAGUGGCCAUGGGGCCAAAAGCCUGGCCCUUAUCAAUGGCUUGCAGCUGUCCCAGGGUGACAGGAGGGUGAGCUGAGGCUGCUGCAGAGACUUCCCACACCAAGCUGUGAAAAUGCCUCUGCCUGUGUCCCUCAGUGGGGGAAAUCUGACCUCUGCAGUGGGGCUCUGCACUGGCAUGUUUUGCUGGGUGUGCUGGGAUGUAACAGUCGAGGGCUGGGCUUGCUUGUCCUCAGCUCAAUUGGCAACUGGGCUGAACAGCUGCUGAUGCUGUUUGGGAAAAGUUGGACUGAUGGGCUCAGUUUAUCUGCUCAAGGAGUUCAUGCUGGACCUGCUCAUCCCAGCACAUCUGUCCCCAGCAGGGGUUGCACCUCUCCAUCACCUGCAGCCCAGGAGCCUCUGCCUCCCUCCCCAUCCUGUAGAGCACAGUGUCAGGGAUCCUCUUCUCUCUCCUGCUGCUGCAAAGUUGUGUGAACUUUCCUGGUCAAUACUGGAAAGGGGAAUGCUAUUUAUUUUUAUAUUGUGUAUAUUUUGUCUUGGUCUGCUGAUUACCUUUGUUCCCCAAGAGCGACAGUUACCUCAAUAGUUAGUUUAAUACUGUGUGUUGGGUAAUUUUUUUAAAGAACUUUUUUAAAAUCUUGAUCCUUGGAGGUCUGUAGAUUUUAUUUCCAUAUGAAUUGGUUAUUUUGUAUAAAGUACAUUCUUAAAAUAGCAA